AUUACCAUCUUCUCGUGUACUAAAUCCAUUUCUGCGAAAACCAAUUGCAUGUACAUCAACCCUACAGUUCCUUGGAACCACAAAACCAUCGAUUGUCUACCUGAAAUUAUCUUACGAUGCCAUUUCCCGAUUCUGCUCUUCUUCUUCCCGCUGCAGCCGAACAAAGCCCCUAAGCUGCUGGCGACUUCCUCCCUUGAAAAACCGGUAAAGCUUGACGAUUUUCCCUUAUUUUCUUGUCCAAGAACCUGAUUUGGAACCCAGAAAUCCUUCCCCCCUCUCUGCAGAAUCUGGAUCUGCUCUGCUUUGCUCUGUCCUUCUACCGGCUGCUCCUGCUUUGUGGGGGUGAUUUGCUCCGGUUUUGGCCCCGUGAGUCCCCUGCACUUGCCGCCGGCCUCCUCCCCAAUCUGCACUCCGGUUUUGCUUGCUGGAUUUAUGGUUCCUGAUCGUUCUGUCAGUUAGCAUUGAGAUUGAGUGCUCGGUUUUAUGCGAGUGAGGUAAGUAAAUUUACAGUAAUGCCUAUACAGUUUUUAAAAGCAUGUUUUGAUUUGUUUUUGAAAUGGUGGCGGGAUUAAACCCGUUUUACACGAUCAUGACUGAUUUGAAGUGAAAUGUCUUAUGCUUUUCAUUAAAUUGAGCAUGCCUAC